CAGCAGUGCAGUGUACGCGCGCAACCCCGACGCAAGUACAUGUACAGUGAAGCAUGCAGUGCGUGCGUGAUCUGAAUCUGGUGUUAUCUUAUCUCUAUAAAGCUAGUACAAAGUGUACAUUAAUAGCAUGUAGAGCAAGGACAACACAGAUGAUUUGAAGCAUGAAAAGUGAAAGAUUUUAGCACUAAUUGAUAUUAGUACCAAGCCACUCGUCUUCACUUCAUGAACAAUGAAAGUGAUAAUCUUAGCUGGUGGAUAUGGAACUCGUCUUCAGAAAGAUCUGCUGGAGAAUGAUCCAAACCAAGACUAUCAUCAUCUCCUAGGCAUGCCUAAAGCACUGCUUCCUGUUGGUUCAUUACCACUCAUAUCACAUUGGAUGAAGAGUCUACAAGAAUGCGAAGCUGAUAUAGAUGACAUUGUGGUCGUUAGUAACAAGUUUUAUGAAGCCAAUUUCAAAGAGUGGUGCAAAGACUGGCCUGAAGUUAAGCUUAUCUGUGACGGAACAUCAACAAAUGAGACACGUUUAGGAGCUAUUGCUUGUAUUGAGCUUGCAGUGGAUCACCUUGGUCAUCAAGACGACAUCAUAGUCAUUGGAGGAGACACGCUUUUCCUUGACGACUUUAAUUUGUCAUCAGUCAUACAGGAAUUCAAGAGACGUCUGGAGACUCAACCUGAUGCCAAUUUAGUUCUUGCUUGCCCAUGUUCAGAGAAAGACACUGUGAAGGUUGGAAUUCUUGAGACCGAUAGUGACUGUAGAGUUACAGCAUUUCUUGAGAAGCCCAAACCAGAAGAUACUUCAUCCAGAAAUUCAUGUCCGUGCUUCUACAUCUUCUCUAGAGAAAGUCUUCCUCUCAUCCGACAAUUCUUGGAGGAGAAAAAGGACGGGCCAUUGAAAGACAGAGACGCAACAGGACAUUUUGUUAAGUAUUUGUUUUCAAGACUUCCAGUUUACAUCUUUAAUGUAUCAGCGAGGUUUGAUGUUGGUGCACUAGCUUCAUAUAUACCCUGCCAUCAGUUCUUUCUACAACGGCAUUUAUCACAAAACAAACACGAGAAAAGUUGUGACAGAGACAAAGUCAUCAUGGAAGGAGGAAUGAAUAAAUCAGGAUCGGAAAGGUUACCAGCUACCUAUGUCCCUGGAUUCCACAACAAAGAUGCAGUGAAGCGGAUGCAGUAUAACCAAUUAGGAAAUACUGGCAUGGAAGUUUCUGUCAUUGGAUUAGGUGGUUUUCCUUUUGGAAACAUUGCAAUGUCUCUAGAAACAUCUUUGAGUGUCCUAAACAAGGCUCUGCAAAGUGGUAUUAACUACAUUGAUACUGCACCAUGGUAUGGCAAUCGUGUAUCAGAAACUACGAUUGGAAAGGUUCUGAAGGAUAUCCCUCGUGAGGCGUACUACAUUGCUACUAAGGUUGGACGUUACUCGCAAGAAGUUCAAGACAUGUUUGAUUUCUCAGCUGAGAAGACUUUACACAGCGUCGAUGAGAGUUUGCGUCUACUGGGCUUAGACUAUGUCGAUAUUAUACAGGUGCAUGAUCUAGAGUUUGCUCCCAACAUUGAUAUAGUUCUUAACGAGUGUCUACCAGCCUUAGAGAAGGUGAAGAAAGCUGGCAAGGCAAGAUUCAUUGGAAUCACUGGCUAUCCCAUGGAGAUUUAUAGAAAGGUUUUGGAAAGAUCUUCAGUUCACAUUGACACUGCCCUGAGUUAUUGUCACCUUACUAUGCUUGAUACAUCGUUACUGAAGCUACUGCCAUAUUUAAAGGAGAAGAAUGUUGGGAUAAUCAAUGCAGCUCCUAUUGGCAUGGGAUUACUUACCAACAGAGGGCCUCCAUCAUGGCAUCCAGCUUCUACGGACAUCAGAAACGCUUGCCAGAAUGCUGCCCUCUAUUGCCAGUCUAAAGAUAUUAAUAUAUCUAGAUUGGCUGUGCAUUAUUCUCUGUCUCAGAAUGCAGCAGAUAUUACAAUGAUAGGCAUGGAUUCAGUAGACAUUAUUGAUGUGAAUUUGCAACUCCUUAAUGAAUCAUUGACAGAGGCUGAGCAAGAGACUAUGGAUUAUGUCAUUGAUAGGUUCUUUAACCCUUUGGAAACGCAUCACUGGGAAGGAAUUGAGUUGAAGAAAUACUGGGGGAAUUUAAAGGAGCUAGAGAAGGCAAGUUAAGUUUACAUGACCCUUUGGAGAACAUAGCGACUGCAAGUGACUUGUACCAAAAUGCCAUGAGAAGCUGCAAUAUAUGCAGGCGUGCAAGCGGAUGCUACUAAUAUAUGCAGGCGUUCAAGGGGGUGCUAAUAAAAUAUAGUAGGCUUGCAAGUGGGUGCUAAUUCGCAUGUAAGCAAUGCAUACUGUUUUUACUGUGAUCGUUAUACUCAAGUAUGGUGUUUAUGAAUGGGAUUUAUGAGUAGUGAUGACUCUGUUUUAAAUUGCCCUUGCAGUGGAAAGGACCUUGCAUAUCGCUCAGUUCUUAAAUCACACAGCCACAAUUCCCUGCUGGUUUUCAACAGCCCUUGCAGGGUCCUUUCAGCUGUGUGAUGAAGGACUUUGCCUAUGACUCAGUACUAUAUUACAGUCACAACCCUGCUGGUUUUAAAUGGCGGUUAAAGACCUAGAAGUGGCUACUCAUACUCUCUGAUGAGUAAUUGCUAAAUGAUCUUCAUAAUAAUAAUAAUAAUAAUAAUAAUAGCCAUUCGUAAUGCGCCAAAUCAAUCUUAAGAGAUGUUCAAGGGGCAGACUUGACUUUGCAGUGAAGACUAUUUUUGUAAGAUUUCAUAUGUAAUGAUUACCUGAUUGGUUUAGGAGACCAUGCUGUAUUAACUCAAGAUGUUGCACUUUUAAGAGAUAACAAUACAUGUACAUGUACUUAUAAGGUUUAUCACGAAAAGCAAAAUAUCAAGAGAGGGCGCUGUUGAACCUGCACAAAGAUGUAGGCCAUGCGUGCGCACGUUGUGCAUGACAAUAAUUGUGAUAGCAAAUGCCCCGCCUGCCUACCCAUUAUAACGCAUUUCGGUUCUGAAUCGUGAUAAACCUUAUUGCUUUGAUUUAUUAAUGAUUUAUCAGAAAAUUACUUUGCAAAUAAAUUAUUUGUAACAUUAAAGUGAAGUAUUGUGUGUGAAGGGCUUAGCCAAGUUUCAGCAUUCUUGAGCAUGUCUUUGGGGUUCUAUUGGUUUAGUUUGUAACAGAGUAAACGUUUUCAAAGUGCAAGGUUGGAAGAACCCAAGACUUGCAGUCUUUCGUGUUUAGAAAGAUGAUAAAUUAGUUGAAACAACACAUAGUUUCUCAAAAUAAGAAGUGCUGUUCUGUACUUUUCAUCGCUGAUACUUACUAAUAAUCAUGGUGUUAUUUCUAUUGUGUUGAAAAUUCGGCACAUAGUUUUUCAAAUCAAGGCAAACACAGGAGAUGAGUUUAGUUUGAUAAUGCAACCAUUUUAUUUACACAUUGCGCACACAUGACUUACUCACAGGAAUGAUUGUCUUGUCUAUGGAAUGUAAGCUUUUGGGGGUUUAUUAAGUUUACAUGAUUGUUGAUUGAUAUCUUUUACCAAAUAAAAAUUGACAACUUUAAUUGAAUUCAAUGAUCGUUUAAUGUAAAGUGCAUUGGUACGUUUUUUUGUAAUGUGCUGUACAAAAUUUGUUAUAAUUAAAGUAUUAUUAUUUAUGGUCUUUAUACCGAAGGUCAAAAGAAUUAUAAGCUUACUUAAUUUAAUUUAACAAAACAAAUCAUACCAAAGUGUACUUGUCAAUAUUAUUUCAGGAACUGCAAAUUUAGCAUAAAUUUGUUUAGCUGUUAAAGGAUGUUCUGUUAUAUUUAAAUUGUUGUAUAACGGCAGUUAUUCUGAAUCACAAAAAAUUAAGUUUUUAAAAUAUCUCAUGAUAUUUUUCCCAUUUAAAUUGUUUGCUUUGAAUAGUGGAGGACAAAUAAAAUCUUAUUGUAUGUAAUUGGUGCAGGUUCAUUUAUAGGUAUAUGAAGAAUUGCAGAAUUUUAUUUUAUAAAAACAUAAAUUCAAUAAAGAAAUAAUUUAAUCUCACUGAAAGAAAAUAUAUUUUGAAAAUAAUACUCGGCAAUCAAUCAACAUUCCUUCAAUUUUAUUAACCUAAAAAGAACAUCAGUUAUUUGUUAAACCAAUUAUGUGACAAAACCCUGUAUAAAUUUUAAUGAAAUCAAUAUUUAAUGUAUUUUCAUGGUUUG